GGAGGAUCGAAAGUAAUGAUGCAGUCUGUACUUUUCCCAGAUGAAGUCAAUAGGUAACACAUCCAAGCAGUUGCUAUGCUACCGUCUGGAAGGUCAUUUUAACAUUUUAUUGUUAUAUGUGACUGAAACUAAGGGGGUCGGGCAAACGGACAGCACGCCCUGGUCAUAAAAACCUGUUUCCUGAUAACGGGUCUAAAGGGCAGCGUCGAGUGGUAGAAAGAGAGCGGAGACCACGGCUUUCCAAGAGACGUGCGGUUCGCUGUGGAGGUUUCAACAGAAAAGGCUUCGACAUAGAGACACGAAAGAUGAAGUGGAGUGUAUACUUGGUAUUUGGACUUUUUGGAGUUAACGUACUCGCCCAGGCAUUAUCCCCAAAGGAGGAAUGUACCCUCCACAUGGACCCCGGCACCGGAGAGGAACAGCAACCUCAAUUCUUCUACUCUGAAGAAAAGAAGAUGUGUCUUCCAUUCUAUUACAAAGGAGCCGGGGGAAACGGCAACCGCUUUGCCACUGACAAAGCCUGCAUGGAGGCCUGCUCAGACAACCUGGCUGCAGUCUACCCAAGCGGAGGGGAGGUGUGUGGGCUUCCUCAGGACCCGGGCAUGUGUUUGGGCCGGUUCAUCAAGUUCUUCUUUAGCAAGGAGGAGGGCACGUGUCGCACCUUCCUGUACGGAGGGUGCACUGGGAACGGCAACCGGUUCGACACCAGGGAGGACUGUCUGCAGACGUGCUUGGGGAAAUCUGGUCGAUCCGGUCCUGGUGAGAUGGGGGGUUCUGAUCCAAACCCCGAUGAAUAUACCGGCAAUAGUGGCCUGAUCGCCGGGGUUCUGGGUGGAUGCAUCUUUGCUGUGGCCUUAAUCUCUGCCAUUGCAGUACUCGUAAAGAACAAAACCAGUGGCAGGAAGAAAGUCCCCGCACAGGAUAUUGAGUUGAGCUAGAAGAACCGACUGCUGUUCAGUUUGCUUCUGCAAACGUGGGUGGUGGAUAAUGCUGUUGAUUUUGUAUUUGAGUGUCUAAACUAUUUUUCACGAAGCAAUUUGUGUUGUGCAUUCAUUUUUGUUAUAACUGUCAUUGAAACUGUACCAAUUAUUACAUCGUAACAGCACAGGGCGAACAUGCUUGCAUAUGUAUCAAAACCUAGUUUUUUGAGGCAUCAG